AUGCAGCAAAAUGAGUUUAACAGCGUCGAGGCGGAACUCCGCGAGAUUGAGGAGGAUUUUGCGUCGGGUCAAAUGAACGCCUUUGGGACGGCCGCUACAAAAGAGAACUUCGUCCGUGAGCUCCGCAGGAUUGCGGACAUUGAAACACAAGUCUUCUACAAGACAUGCGGGCUGCUAAGCGCGAGCACCUCGGAGGACCACCUCAUGCGGGCGAUGAUGCUUGCGAGCGCGGAUGCACCCUGCGCGGGGGGCGGUGGUGGGGCUGCGAGCAGCAGCAACAACAGCGAUGAGGGCAACACCACCGUGGCGACAACGCGUUCCUUCGGGCGGGAGAACAACAGCAGUAAUAGCUACGCCACCAAGUCCAUGAAGAAGGACGUGGCAAACCCGCCAAAGAUGUCCGGUGGCUUUUCGCCCGGGUCCCCGUCGGAAAGCAGGGGCCCAGGCACAGGGGAUUCGGCGUCGCCGGGCUUUAGUGACGCAGGGCCGCCGCCAUGGAGCAACGAAGCGGGGUUCACCGACAGGCCUUUCCAAGACGUCGCUCGACACUUCAAACUGCUGGAGGGGGAAUUCACUGCGAUUGGUGAGCACCUGCGGCAGAUUUCAAAGCAUGUGCUGCAGCUCAACGAGAUUGCCGAGCGGGUGAGGAGUAAGGGCUCCAACCUCGGGCCAUGA